AAACAGACACACCCAACCCACCACCGACCCCGUACCCGACCCGACAAUUCAUACCCUUUUCUUUCUUAAUCUUCUUCUUCCUCUCUCUGCUUUCAAGAAGGAUCCCAAUGCUGCUUCUGCUUUCCUCUUCUCAUUACUAGUACCCUUCCUUCUCCAGUACUACCACCAACCGCCAUUCCUUCACCUUAACGUUUCUCUGUCCUCUCUCUCCAUUAUUGCCACUCAAUUUUGCUCCACCAUGUCCUCCUACUAGGCCAGCACUCAAUUACCCAGAAGACUCAACAAAAGUGGGGGGGGGAAGGUAAAAGAAAAUGGAGGUCAGUGGAAGGAGAAGAUCAGUACCUGCUGCUGCUGCGGCAGCAGGGUUGGUUAACAAUAAUAACAGCAAACCCAGUAGUGUGAUUGUGGCAGCUGGCUCUGUUUGGGAGAGCAGAAUGAAGCUCGAUGAAGUCAAAGGCGGGUUCAAGGUCUUCAAUGCCGACGACGGCGAGAAUCCCGAACCGCCGGCGGCGGUAACGGUGGCAGCGACGCCGAGGAGGUCGCCCAGGAACCUCGCCGCGGGGACGGUGGCGAGCAGUGGGAAGAGGAAGACGUGGAAAUCGGAGAGCUUCGAGGGCCCAAUUCGGUUGAGUGCGUCGGCCGAUGGAGUCAAGAAAUCGCCGAUUCAGGGGAGGAAGUUGAGAUCUGAAGGGAGUGGCGAGGGAAUUGCGAGGAGUCCUGUUCAGGUGAGCAAGAAAGGAAGAUCUGAAGUAGUGGAAAGCUCUUCCGUUGCUUCCCCGAUUCAGAUUGGGAAGGUGAGAUCCGCUGGCAAUUCUGGGAAAGAAGCUGUGAAUUCGCCGGUGAAACUGGAGUCGAAGGUCGGUGGUGGUGGUGGGAAGAGCGAUGGUGAAAUGAAGGAGGCGAAAUCUGUGCCGGAAAAGGAUUUGUUGGAGGAAUCUGUUUGUCAAAUGGAGAAGGAACCAUCUGGAAUUGGGGAAACAGAGGAGAGUUGCAGGGAGUUUGGCGUUUGUGAAGAGAAGGUGGUUUCUUCUGCGGCCGUUGAAGACGAUCGUGACGACGGCGAUCAGGAGUUUGAAGAAGAAGAUGAGGAGGAAUUCGAAGAAGAAUCGGACGAGGAAAUUGAGAAGAAGAGCUUCGAUGUUAAGGAGGUGAAUGUUCAAGAAGACGAGAAGCCGAAAGAGAAGAAAUUGGAAGUGAAGAGAGUGGAAAUUCCGAUUCCGGAGCAGAAGCCGACGAACAGAGUUGUUCAUCGUCAAUUUCAAAACAGAGCUCCACCGCCGGCACCUCCCACCGUGAAGAAACAGCCGCCGCCGGUGAUGAGAAGAGCUGCAGCUUACCAGAACUACACUAAACCCACUCCUACUCCAGCUCCAUCUCCAGCUCAAUCCAGGAGUUACCCAAGAAGGCAAAGCAAGCUCCAGAAUCUGGGUCAGAUCCCUUAUCCACAACCAUCCCCAAUCUCUCCCUCUGCACGAAAUUCGUCUCUUACUAACAUUUUCUCGGGAAAAUUCGGUUCUUUUUCAUCCUCUGCAGUGGAUUUAGUGAUGUGGAGAGACGUGUCGAGAUCGGCAUUCGUGUUUGGAAUCGGAACGUUCACCAUAAUCUCAUCUUCCUACACGCAGGAUCUCAACAUCAGCUUCAUUUCUGUGAUGUCUUAUCUGGGGCUGGUUUACCUCGCUGCAAUCUUCCUCUACAGAACCCUUAUUUCCAGGGGAAUUGUGGAGGGAGAUGAUGGUUAUGAGGACACCGGGAGCUACGUGGUUGGCGAAGGGGAGGCAAUCUGUGUGGUGAAGUUAGUUCUGCCGUACCUGAACGAGUGCCUGCUCAGAAUCAAAGCCCUGUUUUCCGGCGAUCCUUCCACCACCAUGAAGUUGGCAGUCCUGCUGUUCGUUCUUGCCAGGUGUGGCGGCUACAUUACCAUCUGGAAAAUGGCCAAAUUGGGAUUUUUCGGGGUUUUCAUACUGCCAAAAGUCUGCUCGUUGUACUCCAGCCAGUUAACCUCUUACGCCAAGUUCUGGAUUCGACGAUUUCGCGACGCGUGGGAGAAGUGCACGCACAAGAAGGCCGUGGCAUUGGGCAUCUUCACCUUGGUGUGGAACAUGUCGUCGAUUGUGGCUCGUGUUUGGGCUGUGUUUAUGAUGUUCGUGGCUGUUCGAUACUACCAACAACGUGUGGCGCAAGACAGUGAGAAUUGGGAGGAGUGUGAUGACGAUAACGAAGAAGAAGUUAUUGUAGGUCAUGAUGCGAAGGAGGAAGAUUUUGGGCCGAGACGCCGGCCCAAUUAUUUUGAAAUGAGUCUUGUGACUGAUUCUCCGGUGAGCUCAUCUGGCAGUGAUGAUUUUGCUGAUUUCCUUGACGAUCAUCUUGAUGCUGAAUCUGAUAAUGAAGACGACAAUGGAGAAGCUAAAGAUGAGUUUGCUUCUAGUUCUUCAUCCUCCUCUUCCAGCGAGGAUGAAUUCGAAGAUGAUGACCAACCUGUAAGCAAGAGGACAAAGAUUUCAGAGGUGGAGAUAGUGCAAAAUGGAGAUGCUGCUGAGGGGUCAGCUUCUCAUGUGAUCGUGGAGCAGAAAUUAGAGGCAUCAUCAAGUGCAUCUGUCAGCAAGAAUGAAUGUACACAUCCAGGGUCUUUUGGUAAAAUGUGCAUAGUUUGCGGAGCACAGGUUGAGGUUUCUGGGGUAUCAUUUGCAAACAUACACAAGGAAAUUUUGAUUGGGAAUGCGGAAGUUGCUCGAUUGCGAGAUACUGAUACCAAGAGUGUGUUGUGCCGCAAGAAGCUUUAUUUGGUACUUGAUUUGGAUCAUACAUUGCUGAAUUCUACUCUUCUUUCUCAUAUGGUCCCGGAAGAAGGGUAUCUAAACAAUCAGAUAGACUCUGUACAAGACUGUCAAAAUGGAAGCCUAUUUAGGUUGAGCUUCAUGCACAUGAUGACCAAGCUUAGGCCCUAUGUGCACACUUUUUUGAAGGAAGCUAGCCAGAUGUUUGAGAUGUAUAUAUACACUAUGGGAGACAAAGCGUAUGCACUGGAAAUGGCCAAAUUACUUGACCCGAAAAAUGAAUACUUCCACGCCAAGGUAAUUUCUCGGGAUGAUGGCGCUCAGAGGCAUCAAAAGAGUCUCGAUAUGGUACUGGGAGAAGAAAGUGCCGUUCUGAUUCUCGACGAUACCGAAAAUGUGUGGCCAAGCCAUCGAGACAACUUGAUACUGAUGGAAAGAUACCAUUUCUUCGCGUCGAGCUGUCGACAAUUUGGGUUCGGAUGCAAUUCCCUCUCUCAGCUGAAAAGCGACGAGAGUGAACCCGAAGGGGCACUUGCUGCUGUUCUUAACGUCUUGAGGAGAGUUCACCAUAUCUUCUUCAACGAAUUGGCCGACCAAACCGGUCGACGGGAUGUGAGACAGGUCCUGAAAACUGUUCGGAAAGACAUUCUAAAGGGGUGCAGGAUAGUGUUCAGCCGGGUCUUCCCAUCCCAGUUCCCAGCCGAGAGCCACCAUCUCUGGAAGAUGGCGGAGAAGCUCGGAGCUACGUGCGCCACAGAGGUCGAUCCAUCCGUCACCCACGUAGUUGCCAUGGAUCCCGGUACGAAGAAGUCGCGCUGGGCGAUGGAGAACGACAAGUUCUUGGUCCUCCCGCGGUGGAUCGAGGGGGCUAACUACCUUUGGCAGAGGCUGCCGGAGGAGAAUUUCCCCGUGAAGAGCAAUGAACCCCCCAAGUCGGAAGCUAAGGUCAAAGAUCCUGAUGCUUAGCGCUUUUAACCCUCUGAUCCAAAAGUUUUCUUUCCGGUUUUAGAAACCUCUAAUUGGAAUUCGGCUUAUAGCUUCAUUGGAGAUGUACAUAGCAGCUUCCUUUCUUCGUUGGGGAUUACAGAGAAGAACCUUUGUUGCCUGACCGUGCUCGGGGCUUUCUAGAAAGCCCAAUAAGAAGAUACGGGCUCGAGGACACUGUGAUUUGUGGGCCGGCAUUGAUCCGUAGGGGAGUCAUUAGCGGGAGAGAGUUACUGAGGCCUGGAAAUGCCAGCCCGUUUAGCGACUGUGUUCUCCCCCCUGUCUUCUCUGUGUGCGUGUGUCCAGCUCAUGGUGCGAAUCAUCGAGAGACUAGAUGGGAAUCGUCGAGAGACUAGAUUUGAUAUUUAAAGUGUCAAGAUUAACUGCAUUUUCAUGUGCAACUACAAGUUAACAUUUCAUGUUAGAAGAGAUUUUGUUCUCGAGUCCCUUCGCAGUAAUGAUUUCAUCGUGUUUCAUAUAAGAGUUUGUGAAUGUCAAACUCAGCUUUUCUCUGGUUGUUAAGCAUGUCUAACUUGUUAUUCUACAUUGAUUGCAUGUGGCACGAUACAAUCAAAAGA